AUGGCGGAUUUAGUGAGCGGGAGGGUCGUAGCACGUACCCUAAAUCCGUCGGCACCCAUGGUGCAACGGAAUGUACCGCGGAAAGUGGCCUUGGAUGUUGCUUGUGGAACAGGUCAAAGUUCAAGAUUAUUCGGCAAAUAUUUUGAAGAGGUGAUAGGUUGCGAUGUCAGCGGUACUCAGAUUACCGAGGCACAGAACACAGAAAAAAUACCGAACAUCACGUACAAAGUGGCGCCAGCUGACAAACUUCCCACUGAACGUGAGAGUGUUUCAUUGGUGACAGUAUUUCAAGCCAUACAUUGGUUCGAUCAACAGCAGUUCUUUCAGGAGGCUGAGCGGGUCCUCGUCCCGGGAGGAUGUUUGUGUGUGUGUGGCUACGCUGCUCCACUGCUCUCAUACAAAGACAAGUCCGAAAAGCUGACAGACAUAGUAAAUACAGUACGUACCUGCUCCGUUUGUUUGUGA